UUUGGGCUCCUUGUGUCUAUUCUCCAUGCUUUCGAUUUAAGCUUCGAGAACAAUCCUAUAAAUUCAAAUUUCUUUUAAGAACGUGAAUCUGAUGAAUCUCAUAGCCAUCAGUUUAUUUCUGUAAUCAAGCGCCAGUGCGUUGGACAUGUGCUCUUGAGGAAAUUGUUGCUCCAGAACUCUUAGCAGGUCCAGUAAUAUGAGCGAUACCUUGCCAAAACUGGAUCUGAAGAAAGAUCAAAGGAAGGUGACCCCUACGGAUUUGAUUAAUAUGAAGAGAGUGGAAGAGGUAAAUCUGCAAAGGGUAACAAAACUGAAGCAAAUUCGCAAAAGGAAUAUAUUCACUGCAGCUUUCCUCGCCUUUGGCGUUAUAGGAAUCUACGCGUAUACAAUUGGAGCAGUGAAACAAGAAGAAUUUUUAGAUGAUUUCAACGAACCUGAGAAAAUAAACACGGAGUAAUAUUUCUGUUGGAAUUCAAGGUUUUCUC